AUGGACAAUACAUCUGAUCAUAAUUCUAUUAUAGUUGAGGCGCAGGACUCAAUUGAUGAACUACGCCGAAGACCGUCAGAAUACAAAUUACCAUUCUUGCAACAGGCAAAUGAGAACAAUAACAACCCGUCGAAGAUCAUGGAGGACAACAACUCUUUUAUGAUCUUGUUGAACUCUUUUAAAAGAGUAAGAGCAAGGCAGCCAAUUGAGUAUGCCAACCCUGUUGCACGAUUACUAAUGCUCCUACCCGACAUCGAAUCCUCAGACGAACACAUCCCCAACGCAAGGAGCCCGAAGCUAGAGCAACAGGCACAAAAUGCACUCCAUGCUCUAUCGAAAUUUCAAGGAACAUCCGAUGCGCUGGCCGAGGUAUUCUGUUUGACGGAUCCAUCCAGACUAGAUAACCCCAUCAUUUUUGCAUCAGAAGAGUUUCAUCGAAUCACUCAGUAUGGUAUGGAGUACGUAUUGGGACGAAAUUGUCGGUUCUUGCAAGGCCCAAAGACGAAUAAGCAUAGUAAACGUCGAAUCCGCGACGUGAUCGAGGCUGGUCAGCAGCACCAUGAGGUUUUCCUUGACUAUCGUCGAGACGGAUCCCCGUUCAUGAACCUCCUUAUGUGCGCACCACUCUGCGAUAAUAACGGCAAAGUGCGCUGCUUCAUUGGCGUUGACGUAAGCGGUCUAGUGAUGGAUGAUACUCGCAUGGACUCAAUUAAGGGAAUCAGUGCGUCGGGACAUCCUUCGCCCAAUGGUCAGUUCGAGGAGGAUGGCGACCUCGCCCAUCAAAAUGGGUAUACAAAUGGCAUACACACAAUGAUUCUGAGAAUGCAAAACCAUUCAAUCCGUCGGCAACUCCAAAAAGAGCUGGAGAAGCCAGGAAUAACUUAA